AUGUGGUCUACAAAGAAGCAGACGGUAGUAGCAUCAUCUACUACUGCGGCUGAAUGGUGUGCUCUGGAUCAACCAGCCAAAGACGCCAAGUGGCUUGCUAAGAUAGCAGCCCAGCUUGGUCUCCCGAGAUACCAGGACCCUAUUACCAUUUUCACUGACAACAUCAACACCCAGCUGCUUUUGGCAAAGAAAGGGUGCAAGAACAGCACCAGGUGGCUAGAAAUACGCUGGUUUUUCGUCAAGAAUGCUGUGGCAAGAGGCCAUAUCGACGUCAGGCGAGCUGAUACGAAGCGCAACCCAGCUGACGGCUUCACCAAAGCACUUGACCCCAUAGCAUUCAAGAGAUUCUUGGAGAUGCUAGGAAUGAAGGCCAUAAAGUGA